AUGAGGAGAGGGGACUGCGUAGUGUACAUGGACGAGACGUGGGUUUUCGAGGGUAUGGUUAAGAAACGAGGCUGGAUGGACAACACCUGUCGCGCUUUCCCUCCGAGGAAACCAUACAGCAGUAUUCCUGUGGCAAGACUGCUGGGAAGAAUAAAGGGAAGCGCGGCAUCGUUAUUAUGGCGUUGUGUGAAGGUGGAAUCAUACCCGGCUGUACCCGCGUUCGUCUGUGGACCCCGAACUGCGCAGUAUUCAGAGAUGGACCACACGAUUUUUGAAGAAUGGCUGCGAUCGUCAAUCCCCCUGAUGAGGGAAUUCGCAGCUGGUCGGAAUGUCACUCUAGUACUCGACAAUGCACCUUACCAUACGAGGGUACUAGAGAGGGUUCCGACCAGGAGCUCCACGAGGCAGGAAAUCAUGGACUACCUCGCUUCACAUGGCAUCGAAGUGGCCCUUGACAGUACAAGAGCUUCUCUUUUAGAUGAGCUGGACCUCUUCGUUGCCAGUCGAGGGGGAGUCUCAGCCCUGCGCUCGUAUGCAGCCGAGAGAAUAUGUGAGGAGAUGGGAGUGAGCCUGCUCAGGCUGCCUCCAUUUCACUGCUUCUUUAAUCCAGUGGAGCUUGUGCUGGAGUUACCUCAAGCACCGACUCAACAAGUGAGGAAUAGGGCUGUUGAAAUAUUGGGAAGCAUACCGAGGAGCCUCUGUGAGGGAUGGUGCUGGGAUGCAAUUAAGGAGGAGGAUUCUGCACGAAUGAAAGAGGCAUUGGAUGCCAAUAAUAACAUUAUUAACAGUGACGAGAUACUCUCUCCACCAGGGAAUUCAUCUGAUAGUUCGCUGUCAGAUGAGUCGCUAGGCGAACCUAUGUAG